AUGUUAACAUAUUUAAGGCUCUUAAGAACAAAUAGUAAAAGUACAAUUACAGCUACAGCUACAGCUACAACUACAACUACAACUACAAAUGGUUUAAUUACGUCAGGAGUACAUGAACACUUUGGUACUGCGAAAAUUCCUGAAAGCUUGAAAAAUUUUUACGAGAAAAAAAAAGAAGAAAUGGAAAUGAAAAAGAAACAACUAGAAGAAAGAAAAAAAAAAAAGGAUAAGACUAAAAUUUCAAAGGAGAGGAAAAGCAAGUUUAAGUCUUCCAAGGGACAACAUAACGUCUUCUAG